GGAGACAAAGCACAGAGGAGAGCCUCUAAUGUAUUAAUCUACUCUCGUUCUGUGUAUAUCUAUUGUUUGUACAAGUUUCGAUAAUAUCAAAUAUGGUACUGUAAUCGGCAUUUUUGCGAUGUAACUGAAGACUUACCGAAGAAACAAGUGAAGAAUACAAGCAAGCAGACGCAACACAGCCCAGAACGAAUGUAAUUUCCACCGCUUUUUAGGAUGGAGAAAAACCGAAAUGCCCUUUUAGAGCUGGCAAAACGCCCAGGAAACAAUACAUGCGCUGACUGCGGGGCUAAACACCCCGAGUGGGCUUCAGCAAGCAAAGGCAUUUUUAUAUGCAUCACUUGCAGUGGGGUUCAUCGUAAUUUAGGAACACAGAUUUCUGUUGUCAAGUCGCUCAGAUUGGACACGUGGACAGAUGAACGUUUACAAUUUAUGAUAGAAAACGGAAAUGAGAAAUCUAACGCAAUUUGGGCAAAGAAUGUCCCCAUUUGUUACAGACGACCAAAGUGUACCGACCCUCAUGUUUUGAGGGAGCAGUGGAUCCGGGCAAAAUAUGAAAGAAAAGAAUUCAUAGAUGGUGCUCCCGAGCCUUGUUACUUAUCAGGCUCCAAAACAGGAAUUCUCAAAAAGAAAAAGAAGGAUGAAAAUCAAUGGAAGGACAAGUUGUUUGUCCUAAAUCAAGAUGAAAACAGUUUAUGUUACUUCUUGCAAGCAACUGAUCCCCAUCCAAAGGAUGUCUUGAAAAUCACGGAAGUCAAUGUUGUGUUUGCUGAGGAGAAGUCCGAUAAGCCAAACAGCUUACAGUUUACGUGGGUGAAGGAAGGCAAAACGAGGAACUACUUUGUGUGCUCAGAUUCAGGAAAGGAUAUAGUUGAUUGGUACAUGGCAAUCAGAGCGGCCAAGCUGAACCUUUUAGGUUUGAACAAACCAGGAGUUAAGCAUGAGGAUGUUAGUCACCUAUUGUCCAAAGACUUCUUGAUGGAAGGCUAUCUACACAAGACUGGUCCAAAGAGUAAUGACGGAUGGUUGAAGAGAUGGUUCACGCUUGAUGGUAGAAGGCUACUCUACUUUGAUAAACCAAUGGAUGCGUUUGGAAAGGGUGAAGUGUACAUAGGUUCCAAAGAGGAAGGAUUCUCCAUAACUGAGGGCAUCACUACAGAGCAUAAGCCUAUAGGACAGUGCCUUACUCUCAAAACCCCGAAUCGGGUUUACAACUUGAGUGCCGACACAGAGAACGAGCGACAGAUGUGGGUUGAUGCAAUACAGAGCAUUGUUAGUAUGCCAAUGACAGACCAUGAAAAGAAAAUAUGGAAGGAAUCUUUGGAGGUCACCAAAAACAAGCGGCGAUCUUUGACAAGACUACGUAACAAAUCCUUCAGCUGAAUGUUUUAUUGUUGUCCAGUUUUAACCUCCAUUGCGACUGCUUGUAAAUAGGCUCAUCCAAGGAGAAAAAGCAGUAAAACAAGGAGUUUUUGCUUCAGUAAAAAUCAAGGCAUUAGGUUUGGAAACGGUGGAACAGCCUAUCUGGUAAACUGAUCUGGUCUAUGCACAUAGAUACGUGUCAUAUAUAUGUGUUGUUUUGUUUAUAGUGAUAACUUUACAGGGUUAUGUCUGCAUACUCGAUAUUAUGCCUCCCAUUGUCUUUUUCUUAGUUAUUUUAGAUAGGAUGUUUAAUAAAUUUUAAUUUUCGAUUGAAUGUACAGAAUUCAUUACCAAAGCAGCUAUGACAAAAUUAGAGGUAUUUUAAGAAAAAGCAGCUAAGUAUAUGUAUUUGGAGAGUGCUUUUAUUUGUCUAUGAUUCUGGAUGCCAUAUAAACAUUCCAGGAUGGAUAUAUAAAUAAUGGACAUCUGCUUUAUCGCUUUUUCUAAAUUGCAGUGGUUCUACUUAGCACAUUUUCCCUGAAAUGGCUGGCCACUCAAGCGCUGUACUUUUAAUUUCUUUUCAGCGACCAUCUCUAUUACUGUGGUUUUAAAUGUUCUGGGAACUCUCGUCGACAAUUUCCAACAUCCGCUUCUGGAUUCUGUCAUUUAAAUUUCUUGAAUAUUUCUCAUUGACCGUCACUGUUAGUGUGAAUGACUAAAACAAGAAAGAUCUGUAGAUCCUUUAUUAUAUGAUUCAUUAUACGUUAUAGUACUGUAAUGGUUAGGGUUAGGUACACCAGUUUGAAAUUAUAGAUGAGAGUUCGCAGAAAAUUGAAAAUCACAGUAAAUUACCAUGACCAACUUUACAGAGUCUUGUAUUAUUAUUUUUUUUUGGUCAGCUGCUAGAGGUUACACCACUGUAUACGCAACAAAACAUAAAAAGUGAAUACUUACACAAUCAAAGUAAAAUACUGAUUUUAAAUCUGAAAUUUCAAAUAUUUUAGAGAGAAUAACAAUUUUACUUACCUCCAGGUUGCUUCAACCGUUGCCUCAACCGUAUAAAAAUGUCAAGUGUUUAGCAGGGCUACUUUAUAACAUUGAAUACCAGCUAUCAUUAAAGAUAAAAUUUACGAACAUUAUAUAGUUUAAAUAGAUAUAAGAAUAUACCUAAAUUAGCAUUUAACUUGGCUCUUGAAUUGAAUACAAGUUAUCAUUAAGAUAAAAUUAGGAACAUUAUAUAGUUCGUGACAUAUAGAUCUAAGAAUAUACGUAAACGUGCAUGCAUUUAGUUUGGCUCCGGAAGCCGAACCAUUAUAUAUUGCUGUCGAGAGAAUAAAAUAAAGAGUUAGCGAAUUA